AUGUCACAAAGUCGGCCCGGGUUGUUCCCGAGCUUGCGCAUGGGUGAGGUCAUCAAGGAGAAGGUCCAAGACGGACUGACUGGCGAGGCCAAAGAGAUCUCCUACACACAGUGUAAGAUCGUCGGCAAUGGCUCUUUCGGUGUCGUGUUCCAGACCAAGAUGGCUCCCAGCGGCGAGGAUGCUGCCAUCAAGAGAGUCCUCCAGGAUAAGCGCUUCAAGAACCGUGAACUGCAGAUUAUGCGGAUCGUGCGCCACCCCAACAUCGUCGAACUCAAGGCCUUCUAUUACUCCAACGGCGACAGGAAAGAUGAAGUCUACCUCAACCUCGUCCUCGAGUAUGUCCCAGAGACCGUUUACCGCGCAUCGCGUUACUUCAACAAGCUCAAGUCGACCAUGCCCAUGCUGGAGGUGAAGCUGUACAUCUACCAACUCUUCCGGUCGCUGGCCUACAUCCACUCCCAGGGUAUCUGCCAUCGUGACAUUAAGCCCCAAAACUUGCUUCUGGAUCCCAACAGUGGUAUUCUCAAGCUUUGCGAUUUCGGUUCCGCCAAGAUUUUGAUCGAAAAUGAGCCCAACGUUUCUUACAUUUGCUCUCGUUAUUACCGAGCGCCCGAGUUGAUCUUUGGUGCAACCAACUACACAACAAAGAUUGAUGUCUGGUCGACUGGUUGUGUGAUGGCAGAGUUGAUGCUGGGACAACCCCUCUUCCCCGGUGAAUCGGGCAUUGACCAACUCGUGGAAAUCAUCAAGGUCUUGGGCACACCUACUCGGGAACAGAUCCGCACCAUGAACCCCAAUUAUAUGGAGCACAAGUUCCCUCAGAUUAAACCUCAUCCCUUCAAUAAGGUCUUCCGCAAGGCACCCCCAGAGGCUAUCGACCUCAUCUCUGCCCUUCUGGAAUACACUCCGACACAACGAUUGUCGGCGGUUGAGGCUAUGUGCCAUCCAUUCUUCGAUGAGCUCCGCGACCCGAACACCCGUCUACCGGAUUCCCGCCACCACAACAACCCCUCCAAGGACCUGCCCGCCCUGUUCGACUUUUCACGACAUGAACUUUCCAUUGCCCCUGAGCUCAACAACCAGCUGAUUCCCCCUCACGCUCGCCCGGCACUCGAGGCUCGCGGUCUCGGUCUCGAUACCUUCAAACCCCUCGCCAAGGAGGAAAUGAUCGCACACCUCGACUGA